AUGAUUUCUUUUGUUUACGUUAUUUUGUUCAUCAUCUUCCUUUACAAAUGCUACUUUAAUGCUACUUCAAAAGCCCGGAAAAGUUUGCCACCAUCUCCAGCGAAACUUCCAGUAAUUGGAAAUCUUCACCAACUCGGCUUAUUCCCUCAUCGCUCACUAAAAGAACUAUCCGAACGCUAUGGUCCACUCAUGAUGCUUCAUUUUGGCAGUGUACCAGCACUGAUAGUCUCCUCUGCUGAUGCAGUUCGAGAGAUAGUGAAAAACCAGGACCUGAUUUUCUCAAACCGGCCGAAAUUAAGCAUUAUGCAUAAAAUUGUUUAUGGCUCUAAGGACGUAGCUUUUGCUCGUUAUGGUGAUCACUGGAGGCACGUUAGAAGUAUAGCCGUGCUUCAGCUUUUGAGCAGUAAAAGGGUUCAAUCUUAUCGUCAUAUAAGAGAAGAAGAAACGUCACUUAUGAUUGAGAAAAUUAGAAAUGUAUCCUCUUCUUCGACGUCUUUGAUAAACUUGAGCAAACUAUUGGUGUCGCUUACUAAUGAUAUUAUAAGUAGAGUGGUCUUGGGGAGGAAAUAUAGUGGUGGAGAAGAAACUGAUAACUUCGAGUUGAUGUUGAAGGAAAUUGGGGAGUUAUUGGUUGCUUUUAACCCGGGGGAUUACGUUCCAUGGCUUAAUUGGAUUAAUCGUGUCAAUGGUUUGAAUACCAGACUGGAUAAAGUGGCUAAAUCAUUUGAUGAAUUUUUGACGGGCGUAGUUGAAGAGCAUAGAGGUCGAAAGCAAGGAAAGACAGACCACGAUGGGAGCAAUAAUGAAGUAGAUUUUGUGGACAUAUUGCUUGAAAUUCAGAGGGAGAACGGUUCUAGUUCACCUAUUGAAACUGAUACCAUUAAAGCUCUCAUUUUUGAUAUGUUUGGUGCUGCGCAAAAAGAUUUGGACAUGAGUGAAGCUCCUGGAACCUCUGUCCAUAUAAAGUUUCCUCUUCUUGUGACCCCAAUCCCCCAUCUUACUAGUAACUAA